CCACUGUCAAACAGCGGCAGGGUGCGCACGGUGGAGGAGAGAAGUGAUCCAGGUAUCUGCAGGGCUCCACUUAGAUCUUGUCACGGGACCAAAACCCUCGGCUGUAACUGCUGUUUUUAAACGUGCCGGCCUGUGAAAUGGAAGCGAUUAUUCCUUAAGAAGAGCCAACCUGACGAGGAGGAUGAAGCCGCUGCUCUUGUUGAUGCUCUUGUGGCGCGGUGGGUUCUGCGGCUCCCCCAGCGUCCAGAUCGGUGGAUUAUUCCCAAGGGGGGCCGAUCAGGAGUACAGUGCAUUCAGAGUCGCUAUGGUCCAAUUUGGAACAACAGACUUCAGACUUACACCACACAUCGACAAUUUGGAGGUGGCCAAUAGUUUUGCUGUCACUAACUGCUUUUGCUCCCAGUUCUCCCGAGGUGUCUAUGCCAUCUUUGGCUUCUACGACAAAAAGUCAGUGAACACCAUCACCUCGUUCUGCGAGACGCUCCACGUGUCCUUCAUCACUCCCUCGUUUCCUGUGGAAGGGAUGAACCAGUUUGUCCUCCAGAUGAGGCCGGAGAUAAAGGGGCCGCUGGUGUCCUUAGUGGAGUACUAUAAAUGGGAGAAGUUUGCCUAUCUCUAUGACAGCGAUAGAGGUUUGUCAACUCUUCAGGUGAUUCUGGAUACAGCAGCUGAGAAAAAAUGGGUUGUCACAGCGAUUAAUGUUGGAAACCUGAAAGAUGAGAGGAAGGAUGAGGCCUACCGCUCACUAUUUCAGGAUCUGGAAAUCCGUAAGGAACGGCGUAUUAUUCUGGACUGUGAACAAGACAAAGUUAGAGACAUCAUGGAACAGAUCAUCACCAUUGGCAAGCAUGUGAAAGGAUACCACUACAUUAUCGCUAACUUGGGGUUCGUAGACGGGGAUCUUUCUAAAAUCCAAUAUGGAGGGGCCAAUGUUUCAGGAUUUCAGAUUGUUGACUUUGACGAUCCUGUGGUGGCGAAGUUUGACCAGCGCUGGGAAGGCCUGGAAGAGAAGGAGUAUCCAGGGGCUGACACAAGGAUCAGGUACACUUCAGCGCUGACAUAUGACGCUGUCCAGGUGAUGACUGAGGCGUUCCGGUUUCUCCACAAACAAAGAAUAGAUAUGAGUCGCCGUGGAAACACAGGGGACUGUUUGGCAAAUCCGGCCGUUCCGUGGGCCCAGGGGGUUGAGAUCGAGCGUGCUCUAAAACAGGUGCGUGUAGAUGGUUUAACAGGGAAUAUUCAGUUCGACCAAUAUGGAAAAAGAGUCAACUACUCAGUCACCGUCAUGGAGCUGAAAAACAACGGGCCCAUCAAGAUUGGCUAUUGGAAUGAGAUGGAUAAGAUGGUGGUGACCAAGUCUGACCUUUACCCUAAUGACACAAGUGGCAUGGAAAACAAGACCGUUAUUGUCACUACCAUACUGGAAGCCCCUUAUGUGAUGUUGAAGAAGAAUUCCGAGCUUUUUCAGGACAAUGACCGCUAUGAAGGCUACUGCGUUGACCUGGCUGCUGAAAUAGCAAAACACUGUGGAAUACGAUACCAGCUGAGGAUUGUGGGAGAUGGAAAGUACGGCGCAAGAGAUGCAGAGACUAAAAUCUGGAAUGGAAUGGUUGGAGAGCUGGUAUAUGGGAAAGCAGAUAUAGCAGUAGCUCCGUUGACCAUCACUCUGGUUCGGGAAGAAGUGAUUGAUUUUUCCAAGCCAUUCAUGUCUUUGGGGAUCUCCAUCAUGAUCAAAAAACCUCAGAAGUCCAAACCGGGGGUCUUCUCCUUCUUAGACCCCCUGGCGUAUGAGAUCUGGAUGUGCAUUGUGUUUGCCUACAUCGGAGUCAGUGUUGUACUCUUUUUGGUUUCUCGCUUCAGUCCAUACGAAUGGCAGCUUGAAGAGCCAGAGGAUGGGGCGUUGCCAUUGACAACGGAAUCAACCAACGAGUUUGGAAUCUUCAAUUCUCUGUGGUUCUCCUUGGGUGCAUUCAUGCGUCAAGGCUGUGACAUCUCACCAAGGUCUCUGUCAGGCCGUAUCGUGGGAGGUGUUUGGUGGUUUUUCACACUGAUAAUCAUCUCAUCCUACACUGCCAACCUCGCUGCCUUCCUCACUGUGGAGCGGAUGGUUUCACCUAUAGAAAGUGCCGAAGACCUGGCUAAACAAACCGAGAUAGCAUAUGGGACCUUAGACUCUGGGUCCACCAAGGAGUUCUUUAGGCGCUCUAAGAUCGCCCUCUUUGACAAGAUGUGGCAGUAUAUGAAAUCAGCAGAACCCUCAGUUUUUGUUAAGAAAACUCCAGAGGGGGUUUUGCGUGUCCGCAAGUCCAAAGGGAAGUAUGCCUACCUGCUGGAAUCGACCAUGAAUGAAUACAUUGAACAGAGGAAGCCAUGUGAUACCAUGAAAGUGGGGGGAAACCUUGAUUCCAAAGGCUAUGGCAUCGCCACCCCCAAAGGAUCACCAUUAAGAGUGCCAGUAAACCUUGCGGUUUUGAAACUGAAUGAGCAAGGAACCCUAGACAAGAUGAAAAACAAGUGGUGGUACGAUAAAGGAGAAUGUGGCUUCAAGGACUCCACAAGUAAGGAAAAGACGAGUGCUCUGUCCCUCAGUAAUGUUGCUGGAGUGUUCUACAUCCUUGUGGGUGGCCUGGGUCUGGCCAUGAUGGUGGCCCUGGUGGAGUUCUGCUAUAAGAGUCGCACGGAGGCCAAGAAGAUGAAGGUGACAUUUACAGAAGCGAUGCGCUCAAAAGCUCGUCUGUCAAUCACAGGACCGACCAGUGAGAACGGUUGUGUGCCAUCGGCCUACCUCCACCCAGGAUUACCCAUGAGUCUUAGCAUGACCGACCCGUCCUGACCACGUCCUGACCCAGUGCCUUACCGCCAAGCAACAAACUCUUUUUUUCAUCAGACCCCUAUUGAAGAACUGAAACGUGUAUUAUUUCCUCCAUUAACUUAUAAUUAAUUCCAGUGUUUGAUAGUCUUACUCUUUACUCUUUUAUCAUCACCAAAAAGUCACACUUUCACUCAACUAAUCCUCUUUUCCAAGGACUCAUGUCUUCAACAGAUUUGAGAGGUUGAAACGUAUGACAUCUUUUCCCUUUCCUGAAGCGUGUGUGGCAGGCUGCCUCCUAGGACUGCCCAAGAUACACAUUUAAUAGAACAGCUGGCCUGGCCAAGGCCUCGUUUGUUUCCACCGUGGAGACAAUAACGAUAAAGCACAGCUGAAGGAUUUUAAGCCAAACAAGCUCGACUGAUUCCAGGAUGUUUUGAAUAAGCAGUGUGUUGGAAGACAUUAGGAACUAUGUGUUGACUUUUUCUGUACAUAUAACAAAAACUACUGUGGUGUCUAGUCAUUUAUGCUUUAAUGCAAAGGCAUAACAAACACAAAAAAUAACACAAAUUUGCUACCACCAACUACAAAAAACAAGUGGGAACUGAAGAGUUGAGAGAAAUAUGUAGAAAAUAUUGAUAUACUGAAAAUGUAGUUCUGUAAGAUGAUGACAAAUUGAAUUAGGGAAAGUCUAAAAGCUAAUAAUUGUUUUUUACUUCAGAAAUCCUAUAUUAGUAGAGAAUUUAAAACCUGACAAAUGCAUGGACUGGCAUAUACCAGUCUGAAUGAACUGGAUGAGGUGCCAAACCAAUGACUGUCUGUUCCAUUUUCCUUGUGAGAAUAACAGCAGUUUAUAAUUAAAACUGAGCCAAUUGGAACUUUUAAUGCUGUGAGGUACCCAUAUUUAAAACAAUUUAAAAAACGUCCUUUUUUAUAAAUACACUGCACUAAUAAAGACAAUGCUAUUGAUGAGCAGAAUGAUGAUGAAUUUAAAAUAAUGGUAUUUGAGUGAAAAGAUGAUAGGGAUGAAAAUGGAAAAAAAAGAAUUGCAUGUUACUUGCCUAAUUUAGCCUUUUGUUGAAGAUUAACAUAUCAGCCAUUAAGCUGUACGCUUGGCUGUAUUUUACUGUUUAAUAGUAAGUAUAUUAACAAUGUUAAUUACAUGUUGACAUGGAAGACAAUGUUAUUUAUAUA